CUCUAUUUAGCGUGCUCUUCUGUGUCAGGAGGAAAAAACAUUACUUUCAUUUUAGCGAAUACUACGUGUUGGAAAUUACGGAUAGUCUCAUAGUGCUAACUGGCGUAAUAAAAGUUGAGAUCUAUAGGCAUGGUUCGUGUAUUGUUUCUUCACCCUGACCUAGGAAUCGGGGGCGCCGAGAGGGCAGUCAUUGAUGCCGCUCUGGCAUUGAAAUCUAAGAACCAUGAAGUGCAGUUUGUAACUGCUCACCACGACCCUUCUCACUGCUUUCAGGAGACAAAAGAUGGAACAUUAAAAGUAACAUGUGUUGGAGACUGGUUGCCACGUAAAGUCUUUGGUAGAUUUUAUGCACUGUGUGCUUAUAUACGAAUGAUAUAUGCUGCAUUCUAUGUAGUAGUAUCUCCCUCUAUGCAACACGAUGUUGUUUUCUGUGACCAGAUCUCAGCAUGCAUACCAGUGCUGUUACUUUCAUCUGCAAGGGUAUUAUUUUAUUGCCAUUUUCCGGAUAUGCUACUAACAACUAGAAAAAGUUUUCUCAAAACACUUUACAGAAAACCUAUUGAUAAACUCGAGGAGUACACAACUGGAAUGGCCCACAAAGUUCUGGUUAAUAGUCAUUUUACAGCUGGAAUAUUCAAAGAAACUUUCAAGUCACUAGGCCAUGUACAACCUGCUGUAUUAUAUCCCAUUCCUGAUUUUGACGCUUUAAACAAAGCAGUUGACAAGGAGUUUGUAGAAAAGCUUCCACAAAAACCAUUCUUAUUCCUUUCCAUCAAUAGAUAUGAAAGGAAGAAAAACAUUUCUCUUGCCGUAAUGGCUUUUGAACUAUUGGUGGAAAAACAUGGGAUUUCCAAGGUUCACCUCAUAAUUGCUGGUGGGUAUGACGAGAGAGUGACAGAAAACAGAGAGUAUUACAAAGAGUUAAAGGACCUUGUGGACCAUCUUAGCCUCACAGAUCAUGUGACUUUUCUGAGGUCCUUCUCUGAUGCACAGAAGCGAUCCUUAUUGUCAAGCGCCACCUGCUUGUUGUACACACCUGAGAAUGAACAUUUCGGGAUUGUUCCCAUUGAGGCCAUGUACCUGCAGUGCCCAGUUAUAGCUGCUAAUAGUGGGGGACCUCUGGAGACAGUUGCUGAUGGCGCCACUGGAUACUUGUGUGAUCCGGCACCAGAUAAAUUUUCUGAGGCUAUGAGCAAAUUUGUGGAGGAUGAAAAUUUGCAUAAAAAGUUGGGAGAAGCAGGUAAACAGAGAGUGAUCCAAAAAUUCUCAUUCAAACAAUUUACUGAACAGCUUUGUGACAUUGUGGAAAAUCUUGCACAAGACAAAUCUCAUAACAUUUCCCCUAUUUGGAUCUUGACAAUUAUAUCACUUGUUUUUCUCAUAAUUGUUAUAUAUUUACCUUGGUUUUAAUCAAUGAAUGUCAAAAGACAGGUAUGUCUUAUUUGGUUUGUCAUCAUCAAAUUGUUGAACACAGUUGUGCUCAAAAUGUAUAGAUUGAAGUAAAUUGUUAUUCAGAUAUACAAUUAUGUAUUGUUAAAUAAUUGUUAUUUCCAAAGAAUGUUUGCAGAAUUGAUGCUAAAAUACAUGUAAAUGUGUAUUUAGUCUUAAUUUUACUUGUACUGUAAUAUGUUAGAAGAUAUUAAAAUGUGCAACAGAA